AUGAAAUGCGAAACCGUUAUGAUUCUUUGGCAUAAUAAAGAUCCAAUUUAUUCUGCUGAUUUUGACCCAACAUCAAAUAAAUUUUGUACUACUGGUUUUGAUAAUGAAAUUAAAAUAUGGGGAUAUACAAAGAAUAAAGAUGGACAUUUAUCAGUUGAAUUUUUAUCAAGUUUAGCUAAACAUGUCAAACCAGUUAAUAUUGCAAGAUUUUCACCUGGUGGUAAUUUAUUAGCAUCAGGAAGUGAUGAUGGUUCAAUUGUAAUUUGGAGAUUAAAUCAAAAUGCAAUACCACCAUCUGACUCAUCAAUGAAAGAGAUUUGGUCAAUUGUAACCGUUUUACGUGUUACUACUGAUGUAUAUGAUCUCUCUUGGUCUUGUGAUGGUCAAUACCUAUCUACUGUUAGUACUGAUAAUAGUGUUUCAAUUUGGAGUCCUCUAUCUAAAACACAUCAUCAAUUAAUUACAGAGCAUAGUCAUUAUGUUCAAGGUGUAUCAUGGGAUCCAUUAAAUGAUUUUAUGAUUACUCAAAGUUCUGAUGGUACUUGCAGAAUAUAUAGAAAUGAAAAGAAAAAAAAAAAAAUAAUCACACAACCAUCAUCAUGCCCUUCUUCCUCUACACCAGUUUCAGAAAAGGAUAAAGAUAGUGAAGACACUGAUGACAAUGACAACAGCAAUAGUAAUGAUAGUAAUAAUAAUAAUACAAAUAGUAAUAGUACAGGUAAUAAUGUAGUAAAUAGUGCUACAAUUGAAGAUGUAAAUACAAAUAGUAGAAAGAAAUUAAAUUUAAUUAUAUCAAAUGUUUUAUCUAGAAGAUCUUAUAAUAAUACAUCAAUUCCAAAUGAAGAUAUAGCUGAGAUUGAAGAACUACAACAACAACAACAACAACUGGAUGAAGCAAAAAUAAAAGAAGAAAGUUUAGUUAGUCAUAGAAUGUUUUAUGAUGAAAGAGCAUCAACCUUUUUUAGAAGACCAUCAUGGUCACCAGAUGGUUCAAUAUUUAUCACACCAACAGGCAAAUUCAGAGAUUCCCCAACUUCAAAAUAUCAAAGUACUUCAUACAUUUUCUCAAGACAUAUUAGAGAUAGACCACUAAUACAUCUACCAUCAAAUAAUCCAACCGUAGUUGUAAAAUUUAAUCCAAUAAUUUUUAAAUUAAGACCAGAUACAAAUAAUAAUAAUAAUAAUAAUAAUAAUGAUGAUGAUUCCAAUAAUAAUGACGAUAAUAAUAACAAUAAUAAUAAUAAUAAUAAUAUUAAUAAUAAUAAUAAUACCAAUAAUGAUAAUGAUAAUGAUAAUGAUACUGAUAGCGAUAGUGACGAAGAUGAUGAUAUUGAAGAUGAUGAUGAAGAUGAUAUGGAUAUGGAUGAUAUGGAUAUGGAUGAUGACGAUGAUGAUGAAAAUAAUAAUAAUUUAUUAAAUAUUAAAUAUCGUAUGAUAUUUGCAAUUUCAUCACUAGAUACAGUUGCAAUUUAUGAUACACAAAAAACCGAUAAACCAAUUUCCAUACUAUCAAAUUUACAUUAUUCAUCAAUAACUGAUGUAUCAUGGUCAUCUGAUGGUACCAUCCUAUUGAUUACUUCAUCUGAUGGUUUUUGUUCAUAUGUUUCAUUUGCACCAAAUGAAUUGGGUGAUCCUUUACCAGAAUCUGAAUAUCCAGAAUCAUUAAAACAAUGUAUAUUAUAUAAACAAAGAGCAAUCGUAAACACUACAAUCAAUGAACAGCUUCAACAACAAUUCAAUAAUAGUAAUGAAAAUAAAAACAAUUUAAAAAGAAAGAAUGACCCCAAUAAUAACAAUAGUAAUGAUAAUGAAAAUAAUAAUGAUGAUAGUAAUGUUGGUGAAUCAAAUGAUGAUGACGACGGUGAUGAUGAUGACGAUGAUGAUGAUAAUGAUGAUGAUGAUGAUAAUAACAAUAUAAACUCUAGUGGUAUUGUAAAAAAUGAUUCAAUAAUAGAUGAAAAUGAACAAAUAAAAAAACAAAAAACUGAUGAAGAAACACCAACCAUAACACCUUCUACUUUAUCUUCAUCUACAAUUAAUAAUAACAAUAACAAUAAUAAUAAUACUGAUGUCAAACCUAAAAGAAGAAUUCAACCAAAUUUAAUAAAGAAAUAA